AGGAGCCCCAGCAAACACAGCCCAGUUCAGGGACUCCUGUCUGCAUAGCCUCUGAGACACGCGGGAGCCGGUGCGCCCAGAGGGCCUCCCCUUGAGACCAGGGCUGCUGAUGACAGAGCUAGGAUGCAGAGCAGAAGGCAGAUCCUGCAGCGGCAGCAGGGUGGCAUCUGAGCCAGGGCUGAGGAAGCAGCACCGGAAUUCGCCGUCAGGCCGGGAAAAGGUGGAGGCGCUGGUGGGCCUCAGUCCCCCGGACACCACCUGGCUGCAUUACGAGAGAUCUCCUGUUUGGACAGGGGAGGGUCUGGGGCCACCGCCUGGGUGUGCUGCCCAGGGUCCUGAGUCCAGGCGGGGGCUCCACCCUGAGGGGUGCGUGGGUGACGGCCUCCCGAGACAUGACCACGCUGGGUGUGAAGACAAGGCCACGUGAGGCCGGAGGACAGUGCAGGCCAAACCGACGCCAAGCGACCACCCCUCGUGAGGCUGCAAGGACCAACCCAGCACGCAGAGAGGCACAAGGUGACAUCUGAGGCAGGGAGCACAUCCAGGGCCACGCAGGACGGCAUUGCGGAGAGACCGGGCGCCGUGUGCUCUCCACCCUCGGAGCCACCCCCAGACCCUGCUCGCCCUUCAGUCCCCCUCCAGCAGGUGCGGCCUCACCUCUCUCCCUGCUCCCACUGCAUGCAGCAGGUGCUCCAUAGGUGCUCCUGCUCAUGUGAGAGGCUGGUGCAGCUCCCUCUCUCUGCUGGCUGACGGCAGGCCCAGGGGUCCCCGCCCAGGGUCAGGGUCACUCCAGGCAGAAGGCGUCACUCGGCACAGUCCUUGUCUCCUGAGAUGAACUCUUGAGACGAACCGUUUUGCUUUUAAACUGAAAAAGAAAUGAAGUGUUUUGCAUUUUAUUAAAGCAGACACGGCUACAGCUGGUUAGGGCUCCUAAGGACUCAGCCAAGCUCGGGUGCUGGGACUUUCUGGUGGUCACCGUCAGCGAAUCCCCAAGCCUGGGGACAGGGGCCCAGCUGGAGAGAAGGAGAGAGCGGGGGGCGGAUGGAAACAGAACCAACACCCGAAGGACGCAGCUCCAGGCAGGGGACAGGGGGUCGGUGUAGGGGGCACUGGUUCAGAGCAGCUCGGGGGCUCCAAGGAGAAGGCAGGGCUGGAGGUGGACUGGGAGGGGCCAGGAAGUUCAGGAAGGUUCUAGAAGAGAGUAGAGAGGAGGGAAGGCGGGUAUGGGGACGGCACAGAGGGCCGCCCUCAGAGGGUGCCAAUGCUGCUGGGGAGCUGGGAUUUUCCCCGUGGGCCAUGCAGAUUUCAGGGCAAGGAGCACCACAGGUGGGGGGUCUGUGGGCAGCAGCCAUGAGGGAGGAGGCGGCAGGGGCUGCAGGAGGAGGUACAGGCCCAGUGGAGGGGAGGGGCUGCAGGAGGAGGUGCGGGCACGUGGAGGGGAGGGGCUGCAGGAGGAGGUGCGGGCACGUGGAGGGGAGGGGCUGCAGGAGGAGGUGCGGGCACCUGGAGGGGAGGGGCUGCAGGAGGAGGUGCGGGCCCAGUGGAGGGGAGGGGCUGCAGGAGGAGGUGCGGGCCCAGUGGAGGGGAGGGGCUGCAGGAGGAGGAGCGGGCCCAGUGGAGGGGAGGGGCUGCAGGAGGAGGUGCGGGCCCAGUGGAGGGGAGGGGCUGCAGGAGGAGGUGCGGGCCCCGCCGGGUGGAGGGGCUACAGGAGGUCCCGGACAGACAAGCUUACAGGAGCAAGUGCGGAAGGCCAGCUCUGUACACACAGAAGCUUCCAGUUAGAAUCCUUAAGCCGACAGCUUGUGGGUUGGUCUGAGAAGAUCCAAGUGCUUACACCUGGUGUGUGUCUUAGGCGCUCCUCCUCAGCGAACUCCUGUUCUGCCUUUGAGACCUCCUGCGUCUCAGUGGCGUGGACAUCUGACGUUGGCGGUUGGGGCAGCCCCUGGCACCCACCUCCUACCAUCCGUCUCUGAACCCGGCUACUCUAAUACCUCCUAGAGGUGGAAUCGUCCUACCAUCCGUCUCUGAACCCGGCUACUCUAAUACCUCCUAGAGGUGGAAUCGUCCUACCAUCUGUCUCUCUGAAUCUGAAUCUGGCUACUCUAAUACCUACUAGAGGUGGAAUCGUCCUACCAUCCGUCUCUGAACCCGGCUACUCUAAUACCUCCUAGAGGUGGAAUCGUCCUACCAUCUGUCUCUCUGAAUCUGAACCCGGCUACUCUAAUACCUCCUAGAGGUGGAAUCGUCCUACCAUCCGUCUCUCUGAAUCUGAACCCGGCUACUCUAAUACCUCCUAGAGGUGGAAUCGUCCUACCAUCCGUCUCUCUGAAUCUGAAUCUGGCUACUCUAAUACCUACUAGAGGUGGAAUCGUCCUACCAUCCGUCUCUCUGAAUCUGAACCCGGCUACUCUAAUACCUCCUAGAGGUGGAAUCGUCCUACCAUCCGUCUCUCUGAAUCUGAACCCGGCUACUCUAAUACCUCCUAGAGGUGGAAUCGUCCUACCAUCCGUCUCUCUGAAUCUGAACCCGGCUACUCUAAUACCUCCUGGAGGUGGAAUCGUCCUACCAUCCGUCUCUCUGAAUCUGAACCUGGCUACUCUAAUACCUCCUAGAGGUGGAAUCGUCCUACCAUCUGUCUCUCUGAAUCUGAAUCUGGCUACUCUAAUACCUACUAGAGGUGGAAUCGUCCUACCAUCCGUCUCUCUGAAUCUGAACCCGGCUACUCUAAUACCUCCUGGAGGUGGAAUCGUCCUACCAUCCGUCUCUCUGAAUCUGAACCCGGCUACUCUAAUACCUACUAGAGGUGGAAUCGUCCUACCAUCCGUCUCUGAACCCGGCUACUCUAAUACCUCUUGGAGGUGGAAUCGUCCUACCAUUCGUCUCUGAACCCGGCUACUCUAAUACGUCCUAGAGGUAGAAUCAUACAGUGUUUGCCCUUUUGUGACCGGCUUAUUUCACUUUGUAAAAUGUCCUCAAGGUUGUCAGUGUUGUGGCCCGUGUCAGGAUUUCUCUCCUUCUGAGGCUGAGUAAAUUCCAUGGCACAGAUGGA